AUUCUCGCAAAAAAAUUGGAACUCGCCAAUCACCAUCCUGGAGGAGACCACAAGUGUCUAUGUGUGUUUUUUUAAAACAGAACGGUGUAGCCGAACCCACCAAAAAGAGCCUAGUCAUCGUUGCGUUGCGUGAUCCGCAAGAAAGCUCUUUGCGAGAUAAACGCUUGCGUCUAUAAAUAUGAGGUCCGCGAAAAUGAAAUUCCAAGUCGCGAAACAGCUUUCGAAUUAUUCGCACAGGUUGAUAAACAAAACAAAACAAAAAUCGCGAGACCGCAAUCACCACGAAAUGGUGGCUGUGGAAAUAAUCAUGGCCGCGGCCAUGGUUGCUGUUAUCGUUUACCUAUACGUGAAGCGGCAACAAAGAUAUUGGGCCCGGCGAAAUGUUCCGCACCUGAAGCCGGAGUUUUUCUACGGAAAUACCAAAACUCUGGAUCACACCGAACAGCUCGGAAUGAUUUUCGCGCGGUUCUACAAUGAGCUGAAAAGUUCCGGUCCGCUUGCUGGGGUCUAUAUGUAUGUCAGACCGGUUGCUGUGGUCACAGAUCUGGAACUGGUGAAAUGUGUUUUAGUGAAAGAUUUCCAGCACUUCACGGAUAGAGGAUUUUUUUACAAUGAAGUACAGGAUCCGUUGUCGGCGCACAUGUUCAGUCUGCCUGGCAGCAAGUGGAGAUCCUUGAGACAGAAGCUGUCACCUACGUUUACUUCCGGGAAGAUGAAGAUGAUGUUUAGCACGAUUGUAGCGGCGGGAAAGCAGUUCAACGAUUUUUUGGAAGAAAAAGUGGGACGUGAAAGUGAGUUUGAAAUGAAGGAUCUGCUGGCCCGUUUCACAACGGAUGUUAUUGGAAUGUGUGCCUUCGGUAUCGAGUGUAACUCAAUGAAGGAUCCGGACGCGCAGUUUCGAGUGAUGGGUAGAAAGUUUUUUGAAGAUCAACGGGGUCUGGUCAAAAAUGUGUUUCAUAAUGCUGCACCCGAGUUGGCGAAGAAAGCUGGUGUUAGGGCAGUUAAUAAGGAUGUGGCGGACUUUUUCUUGAAUGUCGUACGCGAAACCAUCGACUACAGAGUGAAGAACAAUGUUAAGAGAAACGAUUUUAUGGAUUUACUGAUUCAGAUGAGAAACCCCAAAGAAAGUGAAAGUGGAGAAAAUUUGUUGUCGUUCAAUGAAUUAGCGGCACAGUGCUUUUUGUUUUAUGUAGCCGGAUUCGAAACAAGCUCAACUCUACUCACCUGGACCCUGUACGAACUGUCAUUGAAUCAAAGCGUACAGGAAAAGGGUCGUCAACAUGUUAUGGACGUUUUAGCUAAACACGGUGGUAAAAUAACGUACGAAUCUGUGAAUGAUAUGAUUUAUCUGGAUAAAAUUUUGAACGAGGCUCUUCGCAAGUACCCACCGGUACCGGUUCAUUUCCGCGAAGCUACCAAAGACUACCAGGUGCCGGACACUAAAAUCACUAUCGAAACCGGUACUAAAGUUUUCAUUCCGGUUUACGGAAUUCACCAUGAUCCAGCCGUAUUCCCGGAUCCAGAACGGUUCGACCCGGAACGCUUUAGCCCUGAGCAAGUGCAGAAGAGACAUCCGUACGCGUGGACACCAUUUGGAGAAGGUCCCCGCAUCUGUAUCGGACUUCGAUUCGGAAUGUUGCAGGCCAAAGUUGGUCUUUUAUACCUGCUGAAGAACUACAAAUUUGGUAUAGGGAAGCAGUGCAAGGUUCCGCUCAACUUUGAUGUAAGAAGUGUAAUUCUUUCUCCUGAAGGUGGGCUUUGGUUAAAUGUCAAGAAAAUUUAUUAAAUAACAAGAUUUAUGUUCGUAUCAUAAAUAUGUGAGUUAUUUGACAUUUUCUUUAUAAUAAUAUUAUUUGAUCAUA